ACCUUUUCUCCCACCCCGCCACGCGAGGCUGCGGCGCACGGUAUGGGUGUGUGUGUGUGUGUGUGUUUGUGUCGGGAGGGCGUUGCGAGGGAAGGCCGCCGAGAGCGCCGGGGCUGCGGCGGGGCAGGGAGCCCGCUGACAGACAUGGGGGCGCUUUCCCCCACGUCCCCUUGGAAACCUCAAGCUCCCCCCGAGGCACUCUAGAUACUUCCUGGGGCCCAACGGAAGGCCGUGCCCAAGCCCUGUGUCCCCAUUCUGUCCCGGGAGUGAAAGCGAGCCGCCGGGCGCCGGCCCAGCCCAGCGAGAGCGGGGAAUGCCCCGGUCCGCCCGCCCGCAGGCCGCUUUCCGCGCCUGCGCCUCCUCUGGCCUGGGUCCCCGAGAGCGAGCCGCCGGGCGGGCUCGGCUGGGGGAAGGCAGCCGUAGCCUGGGCCUCGGGUGAGGAGGGCACAGUAACCGGUGGGAAGGCUGCGUUUUCACGAAGGACUCGGGUGAAGCUGCAGAGCUGCCUUUCAGCCCUGACUCCUUGGCUUCCUGGGUCGGAGGAGAUCUUGUAAUGGAGUGGUUCUUCGUCUCACACUAACAGGAUGCCUGAUUUCCUCAGGAUCGAGGGAUUAAAGAAUGUCCCGGGUUCCGUUGGGGAAAGUCCUCUUGAGGAAUGUCAUCCGGCACACAGAUGCUCACAAUAAGAUUCAGGAGGAGUCUGACAUGUGGAAAAUCAGAGAACUAGAGAAGCAGAUGGAGGAUGCUUACCAGGGGACCAGAAGGAACACAGUGCCCAGCAGCUCAAGUCGGAUGAGAAGUGAUGGUUUUGAUGAAGAAAGUCAGAGAGAUUACUGGAGGUCAAAGAAUGAAAUUUCUGGGGCCUUGGAAGAUGAUUUUCUUAAGACUAAGUCCUGGAACAAGAAGUUAUAUGAUUAUGAAUCCAAUAUACCAGACAGAUGGGGUCACAGUGGUUAUAAAGAGUUGUAUCCUGAAGAGUUUGAAACAGACAGUAGUGAUCAGCAAGACAUUACCAAUGGAAAAAAACCAUCUCCCCAGGUAAAAUCAUCUGCCCGUGAAUCUCGAAAACAUAAGAAGUCAAAGAAAUCCCAUAAGAAGAAGCAGAAAAAACGGUCACACAAAAAACAGAAGAAAAACAAAAAGGAAGUUACGGACAUAACAGCAGAUUCCUCAAGUGAGUUCUCAGAGGAAACUCGAGCUUCUAGUACUAGGAAAAGGAAGCAACCACACAAGAGCAAGAAAAAGUCCAGGAAAAAGUCUCCUAAAAUCACUUUCCCUUUAGGGGGAGAAAGUGGUACUUCUCAGUCAGAGGAUUCUGCAUCUAGCAGUUCUGAGGACAUCGAGGAAAGAGAUACUAAGAAAACCAAACGGAAAAAGAAAGAGAAGAGUGUCCAUGUCCCCAUGCCUGACCCUGAGGUACAGGAGAGGACAAGCAAGCGCAGGAACUGGAAGGUGGCUACCGACGCCAGGUCUGCUGAGAGCUCGGAGGAUGACUAAGUGGGAGAGCAGCAGUCCUGCUUCCCACUGACUCGUUAGGGGGGUUGCCAGUGACUCCUGCAGCACAGGCAGGCGUCUGAGGUCAGAGUUGUCCUGCCCCAGAUACCUUUUUUCCUAUUUUGGCUUGUUAAUCUCCAUCCUCUUUUGUUAAUAGGGAAUCUGGUAUUUUAUUAAGGUUUCUUGAAAAAAUUAUUUUUUUCAAUUAAUCACUUAGGGUAGAAUACCUAUACAGCAAAUUAAAGAACCCAGAAAGCUGAACUCAGUAAUGACCUGGGCACACCAAUUGCAAUGUUGGAUUUGAUGGAAUCAAGAGUCCAGGAUGGAGGAGGAAGACUGAAGUAGUGCUAAAUAGAAUGGUUUGACAAGGAGACCGUGCUAUUCAUACAGGAGGCAUGCUGCCUUCAGCUUUGGUGCUUUGGUUCUUCUGCAGUUGGGCCCUAUAGGCAUCCAGUUUACUGAGCGAGGAAAUAGUUAAAAGAACAAACCUUUUCCCUUCAUGGUAAUCUCUACAGAUGACUGCUAAGGAACCUAGGGUUUUCAGCCUAAUCUCCCUGCUGGCCAGGGUCUACAGCUACAUUUAGCAUAACCCAAACAUAACAGUAACUGGAUAGUAAAUGUUUUUCUAGUUCCAUUGCUGUAUACUGCCUAAAUGGGCUUGUAUUUGAAAUUGUUUGGUUGUCCUAUCUAUCAAAUGGAAAGAAUUAGGAAGUAGUUAUGUUGCCAUGAUGCUUUCAAAGAGAUUCAGGGCAUCAGCCAUCUAAAUGUCUGUUUUUUAAAAAAAUUUUAUUAUUAUUAUUAUUAUUAUUAUUAUUUUUGCUGAGUUGGGGAUUGAACCGAAGGCCUUGCAUAUACUAGGCAAGUGCUCUACCAUUGAGCCAUACCCCCAGUCCUGUUGUUUUCCUUGUUCAUUUCUAAUUCUAUUAAUGGAUUUUAGAUUUUCCCUGAAACCAGUUGAAUCAAUUCCAAAAUGAAACACACUUCUCAGGGACAUACCCACUUCCCAGUCUGACUUUGUGUUUUGAUUAUCAAGAACAUAUUAUUUCCCCCUGCUAUAUACUGUGAUCCUGAUAUUAAAAGAAACCAAAAUACCACUGGAAAGUGGCUGGUAGAACAGUUGGCUUUUCAUUAAGAGGAAAGAUAAAGUGACAUUUAUCAGGGUUUUUGUUUUUGAGGUUGUCACUUUGGUACUGAGCGAAUGCAUGAAAACUCAAGACUGUGGGCCAUGGUUCUGCCACUAAUUGAUUGAGUUCUAGAGCAGGUUAACCUCCCUGGCCUUACUCUUUGCAUGUGUAAUACAAAGAUACUUCAUGGUUAGCAUGACAUACACCAGCAAUAGAAUAUGAUAAUGCUGACAUCCCAUGAAGUGGCAUUUUAUAGUAAUAACUAAAUUUGUGCUCUUUAUGGAACAUAUUUCUAAUAAAAUGCUUGUUCUUAAAAUAUAUGGUUGGCCAGAUGUGCCCUAUCCCUUGAUUAUGAGCAGGUGCCGCCUUUUGGGGUACUGAAACACUAAUGAUUUUAGUACUCAAAUGCCAAUAUUCCAUGAGCCUUUUGGGGUACUGAAACACUAAUGAUUUUAGUACUCAAAUGCCAAUAUUCCAUGAUAUAUUCUUUUCCUUGGGUCUAGUGGAGGGAGAGUCUAGUUACUACCUCAUAACCUUCUAGAAGCAAGUGAUAUCUUUGUUGGAAGUAGUUUUGGGCAUGCAUUCUUAAUGCAGUUUUGUGCUACAAAUGUACUGAUUCUAAGCACAGACUCGGGAAGAUUGUCCUGCAGAAUAAGGCACUUCCAAGUUUGAGUUUUGACCUUACCUUCCUCCCAUACAACAGACAUAUCUUUUCUCCAGGGAAAGCACAUUUUGCCUGAUUUAACACCCCUGCCCCACCACCCCGCACUGUUCUAUCUUUUCUUGGUCACAUAAGCAAUAAAAUUGUUUCUGUUCUAAUCCAUGCCUUAGGCUAAGGCUUUGAUGGUUCCUCUAAUCCCCUUAACAGUGGUUUAGGACUACUUUUGAAAACCUGUCUCUCCCAUUUCCACGAUCAGCUCUGGAACAUGUAUUAGUGUUCCUGAGAGAUGAUUAUGUUGAAUCCUAAAUUGGGAUUUAGAAGAACAAGAAUUGGAGACUUCACAUUUAUUAACUGGUGUGAUACAAGUUGGAAUUACUGAAUUCCCAUAAAUAAAAUUUCACUUUUGAA